UGGGGAAGGGGGAGGAGACAGGCUUUCAGCAGUGGAAGUAGGGGAAAGGUUACCUCCCUGCUCUCUCAUCUUGGAUGUUUUAGCACACAGAGAAGGAUGCAGAGUGCACUGGAGUAUGCCAAUGCCUUAUCACCCAGGGCUCUAAUAAGAACAGUUACUACUGCAAGUGCCUCGAUUACACGAAAAGUCUUGUUCCCACCUAUUCUUCCUCCACAACGACCCUUUCGGGUGUCUAACAGUGAUAGGAGCCGACGGAAAGGCAUUGUAGCAAGUACAUUAAAGGAGCUCAUCGAAAAGGCCAUUAAUACAUUAUUCAUAACUGCUGGCGUGGUGACACUUGUAUUGGAGGAAGAUGGUACUGUUGUUGACACGGAGGAGUUCUUCCAGUCUCUGGAGGACAACACAAACUUUCUACUCCUUGAAGGAUGUCAGAAGUGGACACAGGAAAGAAAAGCUACGCGUUCAGCACAAAAACCGUACAAAAAAGGAAUCGCAAACCUAACCGUAGACUUAUACAAGUUACAUCCUAGGGAUUUUCUAGGCUGUUUGAAUGUACAGGCAACGUUUAAUGAAAUGUACACAGUGUCCUGUGAUAUCCAGUGCCUGGGAGCCAAGAAGGUUCUACGAAGUCUUGUGCGCCUCCUUUCGCAUUUGGCCCAGGUAGCUGGACAUUUGCUGCUGUAUGGUGGAUCAUUUAUGAUGCAGUGGACUGAGGAAACUCAAGAACGAAGAACUAGGAGGACGCAGAGCUCUUAAAACACAAGCCACAAGAAAAGAGAAAUGUCAUGGACCUAAAACUAAAGACACCAAUGUGUUUUGUAGCUAAGCUCUUUUGGGCUUAUUAAAUAACCAUGUACUGGUUUCCAUUUAUGUUUUUGAUUGCCACAAUCCUCACACAGCCUAUAGCUGGCCAUUCAUUGUUAGUUUUUUUUUUUCAUUCAGCCACCAGGUUGCCUCCAUCCAUAUAAAUGAUGUAGAUGGAGAAAUCGCUCCUACCUGGACGUUGUAUUUUGGCAAUGGCAAUACACUGAUCAGCAGGUACAGUUGAUUGCCUGCAGCUGCUGAUUAAGGAAUAUUUUCCAACAUGUCCCUCCAACAAGAGAUUAUUAAACAAUUGACUUUUGUUAAGUUGGAACUGCCAAACGCAGAUCGAAAUUUGAUUGUCUCUGCUGAACUGGCCAAAUUUCAAUCAGUGUAUGGCCAGCUUGAAGCUGAUCUCCAGCUUUUAUUCAAGUUUUUUAAAUCAUUUGUUCGUACCAAAUGAACUAUUACAUUCACUAACAGAUGUGUCUGCUGUAUAUAGCCUCAGCUCCUGAGUGCAGCGCCGUGUUCUGGCAGCAGGAUGGAAACUUCCAGUCACACUCCCGCAACAAAAUCAAGUUGGAAUGAGUACUGCUUAGCCAUUCACAAGGAGGUUUGUAUUCUCAUGAUUCCUGGGGUGGGAGGGUGACAUCAUGAUCUGACUCGGCCAUUCAGAGGAAACUUUGCAUUUAUCUAUAGAAUACAAAUGUCCCUGUAAAUGGCUGAGCAGUGCUCAACCAGUCUUGAUUUUGUUACGGGAGUAAGACUGGAAGUUCCGGGAGAAAGACUGGAAGUUCCUAUCUCGCUGCCAGAACACAGAGCUCUAUACUGUAUAUAACGGAGGUUACAUACAGUUGGCAGGCACAUCUGGGAGGGAAGAUAAUGAUUUAUUUGGGCCAGCCUGAAAGGUAAACUUCACUAAAAGCUGGAGAUCAGCUUUAAGGACUUCUUUAAGUUGCAGACAAAUUUUAACGUUCUGUUCGCUAAGCAAAAAAAAAUAUUUUGUAAAAUGCCGACCCAGAAGAGGCUUCUAAAGAUCUUCAUUUCAGCAGUCCUGACAAACAGAGUUAUGCAGUUACUUAAAGUGGCCAAUCAGCAGUAACCUUUGGCAGCUUAAAGACCAUAGACCAACGCUAGCAUAUUUCAAAUAGAUUGUACAUGGAUUUACUGCACACCGUUAUUUGUUGCUUUAAGUUGCUAAAUAAACCCUUUUCGUGAACUGAGGACAGACCGCAAGUACAGAUCUGUCUUAAAUCAGACACUGUUCACUUACAAACACACUUUAUUUAAAAUGUUUACAUUUCAGUUGUAUGUUUCACGAUAAACGAUAAAGCAUCUCAUUACAUUUUUGUCUUUUGCGCUAAUUAGUCAGUUAGUAGACUUAAUAGAUUUUUAAGGUCUCUGCAUAAAUUUUGUCUUUCAGGAGAAAUUUUGUCUUUCAGGAGAAAUUUAUCGCUGUCGCAUCUAUUUUAGAUAUUUCAAUGUUAUUUACAAGUUGCUAUGACAUGCUGCAUAGUAUUAGGAUAGUAUGUAAAAUGUUAUACUUGAGGUAUAAGGUUAUUUAUUGAUAUAGGUUUUAUUUGUUUUAUUAUCAAGUUGGUGGCUGCUGUAGUAUGUAUGAAAUGUUGACCUUUUAAUACGUGAAAAACAAUGUGUAUUGCUGUUACCCAUACCAACCAGUCCGAAACCUUAACUGGUCUGAUGGUAUUGAAUUACUGAACUCGUUUUGGGAAUAUUAUUAUUAUUAUUAUUACUUUUUUAUGUUAUUGCCGUUGUAAAGAACUCUGACAUUCUAAAAGUAACUAGUUCCAUAUCUGAAUAUAUACAUUCGUAAUGUCCAUAUCCAUAAAACAAUCCUGUGAAAAAUUUGGGUUGUGAAGACGUUGACCAAAGUAUUGCGAAAGGGAUCAAAGCCUAAGGAACUCGCUGACUUUCAGAGCUGCCACUUCACAGGUAACCAAGCCCUUAUAAAAGACCUGAUGGUUUUGCGACAUUACUAGCUAUAUGUAUAUUAAAUGCCUUUUUAGUUUUU